AUGGCGAGCGGAUUCUGCAACGAAGUCCUCUUGACUUCCACGGAGGCAAGGAUCCCCCACCGGAAAGGCCUCCUGCAUAGGAACCACCAGCAACGAAUGAAGAUCACCACCAGAACAGGAGCACUGCCACAAAACCGGAAACAGAACCAGAACCAGGAACAAAGCAUCACAAGAUGA